CUUCUCUCUGUUCAGUGCGCUUCUGCCCUGCGUCCGAGGAUGGCCAGCGAGCAGGAGUGCGGGCAGGUGCAGGGCAGUGAAUCUGAUGGUACCUCUGAGGAUGACAAAGGUAACGACAGUUCCAGCAGUGAGUCAGAGAGCUCUGAAAGCGAAUCUGAGACAAAUGAGGCAAAUGAAAAUGAACCACUUGAAGAAGCAGAAGAGAAAGAGUUACAGCUGUAUUGCAGUAAAUCAGUUGAACAACCAGACGAAAAAGAGUUGCAGAAUGGUGGUGAAUCCGAAGUUAACAUCCAGCAAUGCUGUAAACACUGCAUAAUCCAAAAAAAGCAACAUGAACAAGUCACUCCCAGAAGAUUUCUGAAAGGACAGUUUUGCUUGAAGCUGGAUUGUGAAGGAACUUUUGAAUGUACAGCGACAGGAUUAAUUUUUGAAGUAACCAGAUCUGUUACCAUUGAAUAUUCAGUUUUGUCUUGGACCAAAUAUGCUGCUUAUGUUAAAGAACCUUGGAUUGUCGUGGGCCCUAUAUUUGAUAUCAAAUGUUCCUCUUCUGCUCUUACUUCGAUUCAGUUUCCACACACCCUCUGCCUGAAUGAUCACUUGUCUGAGAAGGCCUUCAAAGUAUUCCAUUUCAAAAAGAAUAGUCCGGAAUUUGAAAGCUCCAUUGAUCAUUCAACCACACAUGUCAAGUGGCACGUGAGCUCACUAUCUCCAGUUGGACCAGUAAUUGAGAGAUAUGAUCCAGUAUAUUAUCACGGGGUAGUCAUUUUAUAUAAAGUUAUCAACAAUCAUCCUUCCUUGAAAUUCCGUGUAUAUAUAGCUACAAAUAACAAUUCAUUUAUAAAGGAUAUAUCCAAAACUGUAAGACGAUCUCUUAAUAAAUUCAUUAAAAUUGAAAAACCUCCUUGUCAUAAAUUAUUGCAAAAUGGAAAGAAAUACAGAUUAACUAGUGAUCCAGAAGCUGACAUAACACCUGAGGAAAUUCAGUUUGGAGAUGACUCUACCCUGGCAGAGAAGCCUUUCUUUGAGGUAUAUUUAGAACAGCCAAUGGAACUUAUGUUAUCUUUGGUGGAUUUGGAGUCCGAAGAAAUUGUGUGGAAGGCAAAGCUCAGAGAAUCUGAUUGGACUCUACAUAACCAGAAUGAUAAUGAACAGGAGAAAUCUCUUAACCGUGUUGGGAAACGAAAAGCUACCACCAAACUUCAAAAUGAACUUUGCUGUAAGCGACGAAACAUGCCAGACAUCACAGAUGGAACGAACAGUAAUUACUUGUUAACAGAUCAUCAGUUGAUGGUUCUCGCAAUGAAAAUGGGUAAAGACUGGAAAGUCAUUGGUAUUGGAUGCCUGAAGUUGACCUUGCAAGAUAUCGAACAGAUUGAAGCAAAAGAAGAAGAUGUUAAUAUGUAUAAAUGUAUGAUGUUGCGGAAGUGGAGAGAUUCUGAACAGAAUAAUGGAACAGCCCAUAAUUUAUAUAAAUGCCUUGAUGGUCAAGUAUCCCACGAGCUGCUAGAACUCCUGAAAGGUUUUUUGCAGCAAACGUGAGUUCAUAUGGAACCAAUUUCAAAGAGAAAUAUUGGGAAUAUUCUUUUGUAAAUUUUCCAGGAAUUUUAUUGUGAACUUAGCAACACUUUAAAACUAAGAAAAGAAAAUGAUGGACCAAUUAUUGAAACUCAGGAUUAAAUAUGGUUUGAGAAGGAAGCAAAGUGAGUGGAAUCAUGAACUUCUGCAAAGGCAUUUCCCCAUACAUUUUACUCACAGGUUCCCAGAGACAUUUGCACAAUCAACAAUUCCUUCACUCCCAGGAGAACUGGUGCUUUCCCAAAAUGUUUUCAGUUUUUGUUUGUUUAUUUGGAUGAGGUGAGCCUUUCUUUCACCCCCCCCCCCUAUGAAAAUCAUCAACCUGGCAUAGUGUUGUAAAGGCACUUUCUAACUGCAUGCCCCAAAAUAGAAACAUUCAAACUUUAUAGGGAGCCUCAAAUGUUCUCAUUCUAAAUUCUACUAUAGCAUUCAGACUUUUUUCUGGAUACCAUGCUUAGAAAUGAAAUUUCUGGUGUCUUGAGGCAUGUUUGUUUCAGUUAGUGUAAUAAACAAAACUUGGGUUUCCUCAGAGGUUUAUUAGGAAUUCCUCAGUGAAACAACUAAUAAUGAAAUAUUUGUUUCUUGGAAGAUAUAAAGAUUGUCCUUACCGUUCUUCUGCAAGAUGCAACUGAAGGUCAUGUUGGAUGCGUUUUACUUUUUCUGUGGUAUUAAUUAAUUAAUUCAUGGACCUUGUUCCAUAGUUUUUAUUUAGAGGGCUGGCAAAAUGUUUAGAAAUCCCCUGCUUUUUUAUUCAAAAGUAUAUUAAAACGGUUCCACAAUUUCUGUGAAGAAAAGCUGAUCUUCAGAGUUGUAUUUAGAAUGAUACAAAUUUGCAUAAAUAAUUCCUGUUUUAAGUGGCAGUUUUGUUUUUGUGGGAGGUGAGAAGCAUUGAUGAAAUCCAAUUGUCAAAAUAUAAGAAAUGCUUAGCCAUUAUUUCUCCUGAGAAUUUUAGAUGGUUCCUCAUUUCAUAAUUUUGUGAGCGCCUUGUACACUUGAUGAGUGAUGCCAUGCUUAACAUAUCAAAUUGAGAUUCACCCUAUGUUCAAGGAGACGAACAAUUGAGCCUAGGCUAAAAGAAAAACAAUUUGUUUAAGGAACUAAAAAACAAGGUGCAGGUGAACUCUGAACUAACAAAAUCAGUCUUUUAAAAUCUACAUUUCUAUUUCAGCUCUCAUUUUAUAGUGACUUCUCUGAUAAUGUUCAGAGAAAAGUGGCUUAGACAAGAUAUUGAAGACCACAAUGUGGUUUUAGGGCUAAAUGACACUACUUUUGUAAACCAUAUUGAAACAUGAAAGAUUUAAAAAAACCAAACAAACAGAAAAACAAUGCUCAGGCAAAAAGAAUGUGGGGAAUACCCCUAUUACUACUUAUCUCCUUUUAAAUCUGAGGAAUGUCCAUGACACCUAUAUUUUACUUUUCCUACAUGGCCAAGAAUGUUUAAAUGACUAUUGUUAGGGUAGCCAGAGCUGGUUGCAGAAUUUUAGGAACUAUUAAAGUGUUGUAAAGAGAAACAAAAGACAAGACUAACUCUUUGCUGAUAUCUAGUAGUUACUUGGAAUUUUGCAGUCUAGAUACAGUAAUACUAACUCUUGGGCCAUAAUUGCACAGCAGUAUAAUAAGUUAUUUUGGAUAUACAAACAUGGGAGAUUUUGUCAUGUUUUAACAUUUUCAACAAAAAUCAGAAAUGCCAGAACUUGGCCUAGAGCAUCAUGUUGGAAACCCUAGGUAUGUCUGAAUGAAGAUGAGGACUAAAACUUAUUUGAAAGUCCACAAUUUUGCACUCCACAAUCCUCUGCAUUUUUACAAAUAAUUUUGUAUAAUUAUAUGUGUACUGAUUUUCUAUUUAUUUAGGUAUCUCUUUCCAAAAGUUUCCCCUAUAUUAAUGGAUACAUUUGGUGGUAUAAUUCAUCACCUCCAGGAAUGUAGCAAAUCCACCUCUCAAUCAAACUUUGGUCCUCAAAAUUAAUCCUAUAAUCAUAAAAGUGUAAUUUUGCCAUGUAAAACUGGCAUCAAAUUCCAUAAAAUACCUCAGAUUUUUUUUAAAUACCUUUUUUAAAAAUGUAGCAUUGGAUUUAAUUUUGGAACUGUAGAUAGUAUGUAUUCACUACUCCCUAAAUGUUAUAUAUGUCUUGUAAUAGAAGUAAAUUUCAUGAUUAUGUUGGU